AUGCUGAUCACAAACUUAACUGGAGAAGAAAAUGCCCAAACGAUCGAAGAACUAUAUUGCUCAGCAGAUUUAAGGGAAAAAGUACACAGCCAUUUAAUAUUUCUGUCUGUGAUUAAUAUCGUUCUGUCCAUUACCGCAUUUCUGGAGAACACUUUGAUUCUAGUUGCUCUGCACAACGAAUCUUCCCUUCAUCCGCCGUCCAAACUCCUGUAUCGUAACCUAGCGAUAACUGAUCUUUUUGUUGGUAUCAUCGUGGAACCUCUUAGUGUUACUUAUUGGAUAUCUGAGGCAACUGAACGCUGGAAUAUUUGUCGCUACUCCUUAGACUUAAGAUACGUUACAAGCUUUGUUUUGUGCUCAGCGUGUUUGAUGACAAUGACUUCGAUAAGCGUGGAUAGACUUCUCGCCUUGUUGCUAGGGCUCAGAUACAGACAAGUUGUAACUUUGAAAAGAAUAUACAUUACUAUAACAAUCCUUUGGGCUAUUGCCAUUGUCUCUGCAACAAUGUAUUUUGUGAACGCCUAUGUAACGUCCUGGCUCGGCAACAUAGGUAUAUCACUCUGUUUAGCCAUCUCAAUCUUUUCGUAUACGAAGAUUUUUCUUACUCUACGUCACAACCACAUUCAGCCACAGGAACACGUCUCGCAAGCACAGUCAACGCAAGCAACUCCAUUGAACUUGGCUCGAUAUAGAAAGGCAGUAUCAAGUGCAUUGUGGCUACAACUAACGUUAGUUGUUUGUUAUCUGCCGUAUACUGUUGUGGUAAUUGUAACACCUCAAGGAAAAUUAUCUUUACCAUAUUACCUUCCUAGACAAUUUGGGGUUACUGUAGUCUACCUAAACUCUUCAUUAAACCCGUUGUUGUACUGCUGGAAGAUCAAAGAAGUCAGACAAGCGGUGAAAGGCACUCUCAGACAUAUAUUCUGUUCUUUGGUUUAAUUUCUGUGCUUUUCAUAUUCCUAUCAUUAUUCGAAGCAUAUCUUCACCCCAUUAUUGUUUUUGUUUAUUUUUCUACUGUUGUCCUGUGUGGCAUAAUGCCUUCCCCAUCAAACUAUCAGAUAGCAUCGAGCGAGUGCAGAAACGGGCGCUGCGCAUCAUCUUUCCUGCACUGCACUACCAAGAGGCCUUAGCUACUACCGGUUGAGUAUCGUUUCACACAAGAAGAAUGGAGUUGUGUAGCAAAUUAUUUACAAAGAUAAAAGAGCCCGAGUCCCGUCUUCGCUAUCUUGUUCCACCGACUCGGUCGCAGGCGCACGGCCGCUCCCUUCGCAACAAAGACAGAUCAUCCCUUAAAAGUUGCAAAACUGAACGCUUUAAAAGAAACUUUUUUCCGACGAUGUGCCUUUAUGCUCAUGGCAUGUAAUUUAGGAACUUACGGGAAUUCAAUGUAUAACUUGAUAUAUAUUUCUAGUUUCUAGUUUUUUAUCUAAUUUAUUGUAUUAUAUCUUCUCGUAAUUGUAAGGCCCAGUCCAUUUUGAACACGAUGUAAUUAGUUUAAAUUGAAAUUUUUUAAAUUAAUAUUUAUAUCUUUGUAAAACAAUUUCGAAAUUCGCUUAUUUCUAGGCGCGACGAUUUUAUUUAAAUGAGAAAGCGAUGUCAUGUCGAUUCUCUCCUUUAUAUGUAUGUAUCGUAGGUCUUUUUUGACUUUUAGGUUUUUUGAAGCUAGAAAUAAGUGUUAUUUAGUAAAAAAAAAUUCGAUGAUUUGGAUUUGUACCGUAUGCGUAUUCCAAGUAAAGAUUUUACAGUUUCCCUUGAUCAUGUCUCUUACUCUCUUAGCAUCCACAAAGCGGAAUUUUUUAACCCGUUAGCAGGGGCGAGAAUGCGUGAUCCUUUUACCGAAAAGUUAGGUUGAAAUAAUUUUAUUUGCAAUUUUAUUAGAGGUGAAUUUGCAAGAAAAACAAAACCUAAGAAAGCCCCAAAGAAUACAUGUGACAAUUUUAGUCUGCGUUUAUUUUAAUAUUAAAUGCAAAUUACGUAAAGCGGCGUUGUGAGUAAAAUGUAUCAACGGAGACUAGUUUAAACUGUGACGUUUAAAUUGUUUUUUUACCACUGAUUACUUAGCUUUCACAUAAAUUAAGAAUCAACUCUUAAAAUUAACCCAGUAGCAUGUGACGCUGAAGAGACAGUUAUGACUGUAAUCGCGAACUAUCCAUUCAAAUACCGUAAACUUCCGCUGAUAAGCCCUGAGUUUAUACAACUUCGUAAGGGGUUUUAGCAGGGCUUAGAAAUGAGGCGUCACAAAUUGUGUGUUAGAACCAGUUCCAUUUAGUUUUAAUUCUUCACUCCCUUGAGAGUAUAUUUCUUCACAUGUUCAUAUUUUAGAAUUCUGUACUCUGUUUUGCCUGCGUCGCAGGCACUCUAAAGCUUCUAUGUAAAUGGUUUAGACGAGUGCGUGGGCCAGCUGCAACGCACGCUAUGCUAUGUUCUACACUCAAAGGAUUCAUCGACAUAAAUUCGCGUAAAUUUUCGAUGAUCUAGACUCAAUCUACACACUCAAUCAGUUCCACGACCCCGAACGACAACACAGUUCCUAGACUCUUGUACAAAAGUUCAGUUCUCAGAUCGCGUGACGAGUUUUCCCGCCACAAUGACGCAUUAAUUUUCUCACAAGCUAAGGGGGGCUUAUAACCGGAGUGAAAAAAGCGUUUUAAAACAAGCUACAUAGCAGGCCUGAUCAAAUUACGUUUAUUCGCUUUUAGCCUCGAAACGUUGUAAAAUAUCGAAUUCAUUAUUAGGCUGCCCGUGAGGGCAUAGGGCAGACGGAACUCCCAGAAUGCUUUGCGUGUCCCACUCGAAUUUCAAUGAGGCCGAUUUUUGUGGGGAGGGGACGUCGUCUGGCGAACAGAUUUAAAAGUCAAUUCGGAACGAAGACAAAAUUAUUGCGUAGAGUUAUUGGCCCUAACAGUAGUUAGCCUGCGCCGGAGCUGCAGAAACAAUGCCCUCCCACGGUCCCCACGGGAAAAGCUUCAGCUUGUUGCAAUUCGCUCCAUGCGUGUGAAAAGUUUUUCCUUACAAGAAAGGAAUAUGCUAUUUGUAGAUAGCCUCAACAAAUAGAAACAUAGUUCACUUGGAUAGUUAGAAGGAUUUUAAAUGUAAUAUCUAACAGAAAUAAAACUACAACUUAAUUUGCAUUGCGAGUUUUUAGAAACAGUAUUUAAAAAAUCACGUCUGUCACGUUUUAUAAGAGCAGAACAACAAUAAUUUCUGGAUUUUCGGGGGGCAUACCUUUGGUCCUUUAAAGCGAAUAUUAAUUAAAUAUUCCAUAGUUUGUUCCAAGAGCUUGGUUCAGGUGUCAUGAGCUAAUCAAGUUUAGUCAGCUCAGUGGCUAGUAGACUCUAGUAGAUACUAGUUUCUUGGCAAAAGUGCACUCGGUCUUCCUCGAAGACCACGCUUCCAUCACGACAAUGUGAUUGUUGGAUUCAAUCAUCAUCAUUAUGUCCACCCGGGCGAUCUUCUUUCAUCGUUGACCUCAAGUGAGUUUUCAGUCUUCUCAAUGCACUCUCACUCUAAGAACUCUCUGCAGAUGAUUGACAAAGUUGGAAUUGCUGUGAAUACCCACACUAAAUUUGGGAACUCUUGUGGACGACAAUACAGUAGUUUUUCAACGAUUUAAUGUUGCCCGACGGAUCAUGUACUUUCCAUGCGUUUUCCAUCACAAGACUAUUUACUUUUCUGGAGUUGUCGAAUACCUUCUGAACUCGAAAGCCGACUGAAGAAAGGUUAAUUUUCGACUUUAUAAGAAUAAUAUAAAUAAGUCAAGCGGGCAGAGGAAAUUGUAGGCGCGCGCCUACGGGCCUAUAGGCUCGCUACGCCCCCGAUAAUGUUCUCUAUUUUAAUAGUGAAAAUUGUGACCUUGUGUAGGCGAUUGAAACACAAUAGUGUCUAACGAAGACAAAUAAACGAUCAAGGGAGGGAUCACCUGUAUUGCAGACACUUGGCUCGGUCCAUUUAGCGUCCCUAUGAAUACGGUUUGACUGUAUACUCAGAAUAAAAUUCUCUUCAAAAGUUUGACCGCGACUUGGUAAGUUCCGUCGGUUGGACCUUAGAAUGUGGAUCGGCAUGCCGGGGCUGGAGAAACGACUUAACUGAGGGACAAGGGCCCCAAGAGGCGGGGAGGGGGGGGGGGCUACUCAACAAAGUUUUAGACGGGGAGUCUCCGCCUCGAGGUCCCUUACCCUUUAUGCACGAUUUGUGACAGGAAACGCACCCCUUUUGUAUACUUUCUAUUGACAAAUGGUAGCCCUUUCUUUAACGAGGUUCAGAACGCUUCGCCUCUCUUCAUUCAAAUUGCAGAGCAUUCAUGCACUAAUCAUUUCAAUAAUGGCAGUCUCUAAGCUACCGUCGUGACUUAUUUAGCUCGCAAAGCGAAUCCCCAACAAGGUUUAUAAUUUCAUCGUACGUCAAUUAUAGCGGCUUGCAAACUCGGUUGGCCCUAUUUCUAUGUCUUUAUCCAAUGGUGUUGCAAUUGGCCAUGGCAUGAAUUGACAUUAUGUCAAACAAUCGCUAAACAGGAAACUUAACAAACCGAGAACGUACCACCUGCGCUGUUAGUCAAUUCUACGCCAAAGGACGCGUUUGAGGUGUUGAACAGUUACUCGUUCAAGAAAACCUACUCAAACUCUAGCAAAAUGGUGGUAACAAACUUAACUGGAGAAGGAAACUACAAAACGAUCGAACAACUUUAUUGUUCCAAAGAACUGGCGGCUGAAAAGGAGAACAAUUGCUUAAUAAUUUUGUCUGUGAUAAAUAUCUUCCAGUCCAUUUCUACAUUUCUGGGGAAUACUCUGAUUCUAGCAGCUCUACACAAGGAAACUUCACUUCAUCCGCCGUCCAAACUCCUGUAUCGUAACCUGGCGAUAACUGAUCUUUGUGUUGGUGUCAUCUUGGAACCUCUUAAUGUUACUUAUUGGAUAUCUGAGGCGACAAAAAGAUGGGAUAUUUGUCGCUACGUCUUAGUAUCAGCAUAUUUCAUAGGAUAUGUUCUUUUUGCAGUGUCCUUAAUGACGAUAACUUUAGUAAGCUUAGACAGACUUCUUGCCCUGUUGCUAGGGCUCACAUACAAACAAGUUGUAACUUUGAAGAGAACAUAUUUAACGAUAAUAGUCUUUUGGGCUAUCUCCAUCGUCGCUGCAACAAUGUACUUUGUGAACCCAUUUGUAACUUCCUGGAUUGGCAAUAUAGGUAUAAUACUCUUCUUGAUCACAUCAAUCAUGUCUUAUAUCAAAAUUUUCAUUACUCUGCGUAAAAACCAGAUUCAGCCACUGGAGCACGACUCAAAAACACAGUCAACCCAACCAACGUCAAUGAACAUGGCGCGAUACAGAAAGGCAGUAUCCAGUGCACUAUGGAUACAAGUAACAUUAGUUGUUUGUUAUCUGCCGUACGUUGUUGCGGUAGUCUUAACGCCUAAAAGAGAAUUACCUUUGCAGUAUUACCUUGCUCGACAAUUUGGGGUUACUGUUAUUUACUUAAACUCAACAUUGAACCCAUUCCUAUAUUGCUGGAAAAUCAAAGAAGUCAGACAAGCGGUGAAAGACACACUCAGACAAGUUUCCUGUUCGUCGGUUUAAUUCAUAUGGCAGAAAGACAUGAGACUAUUAAUAUAUUAUUGUUGCUGUAAGGGAAGAAUUUGCAAGCGAGUUAGUUCGAAAAGCCACUACUCCGUAUGCAAAAUACGGAUACGGAAAAACGCAGUAAGAGCAAAAUACAGUCAAAAUGUAUAAAUGAAAACUGGUUAAACCUGUUACGUUUUUAAUUUUUUCCUUUCGAUUGGUUAGUUCUAUCAAAAAUUAAACAAAACCUGCCUAAUUGCUUCAAAAGAGGGUGAACCUGACUUUCUCGCUGACAAUUAAGAAACUGUUAUGACUGUUGGGAAGAACUAUUCGGCGUUCAAAUAUCUCUUGAUAAUCCUCGGUCCUAAAAAAGGCUCCUGUUGCCAGGCAUGUUUUGAAAAUUGAUGAACUUGUGCUACCUUAAAUGUUUUCACGUUUGUCAAAACUACAUCCCAAAGGAGUUGAAAUCCGUGCAGUCAUAGUGCCCAACGAACGAUCAAGCGACGAGAGUAAGUUACACUCAUUUCAGUAGACAAUAAAAAAAAUUAAUAUGUUUAACAAAACGAUAUAAAAAGUAGGUUGAGUUUGAUCGUCCGGGUGAACGUAGUCCUGAAUAGGACUGUGGUUGUUGACAGUGACUGAUAUUUCGACAACCUGUGCGGUAGUCAUCUUCAGAGUCAAAGUGAGUUGUAUCACGUCAGUUGAUGGUAUUAGACUCUGGUUAUUGAUUUGCUUGGUCAAUUACGUCGUGAUGUUAUUGGUCGUCUGUCAGUUAAGCCGUGAUGUUAUUGGCUAUGAAGACUGGUAAUCAGUAAUUGGUGCGUUUCGAUCCGUCUAUUGUCACAGUUUAACAGUCGUCUAUUGUUAGUCAAAUUGUUAUUCUCUCGUAGUUAGUGUUGCUUGAUCUCGUCAAUAAGUCGUUUGUACGGCGCUGGUAAAUGUUGGCUACGAUUCAAGAUAAUUUCUUGACCAGCUAAAAAAACACAUCAAGAAAUUUCCAUAACGACAAAGUUGAAAAGGAUGAAUUGUGGGAAGCUACACGAGAUAUUGUUCUUGUGAGUAAUCUUACAAUGCAGUUAAAAAGAGCGUUGACAAAGCUUAUAAUCCAUUGGACGAAAAAAACACAUAACGCCUUUGUUCGGUAGAAUGAGGAAGUUUAUACAAAGAACUGAGAUAUAUUUUAGAAUUUUAAAAGCCCGUAGUAAAACACAUUAAGGGUACGACGUCAAAUACUCAUGACGACGACUUUGUUUGGCAAACACAAAGAUGAGAGUUUAUUCAGAGCAAAGUGGGCUUUCUAAGACAGGUGCAGGCUGGAAUUUUAUUCCCAGGUAAUUUUGGUAAGUUUUUUUAGGGGUGGCUUGAUUUAAGUAGGGAUUUUUUUAGUAUUCAAUUUAAUAUGAAGAUUCAGUGGUAGUCCCCGCAUAUCUUGGCCUCGCAGUUCUGCGAAUAAAGUACAACCAAACUUGUCUUAAAAAAUUUCAUUUUUCGUGUUAUAUCAUUUAAUGCUCUUUAGAAAUUUUUAAGGCCCGGAAAUUCGGCAUGGGAUUUUUGGGCGUUAAUUUUUGGUCCAGGGAUAUUUGGGGGGGUUUUGUUGGAAGCCCUAGAGGUUUUUUGGGGUUUUGAUUUUCGCCCCCAUUCGAUCAUCCCCGUCACUUGAAACUCGGAGUACUCCCCCACCCUGGGAUUAUAUUAAAUCAAGUUAUACAGCUACAAUCAUGAACAAAAGGUAAAAAUCUGCACAGUUUUUCCAAAAUUUUUACUAAUUAAAUUGACAUAAUUUGUUCAAAUCUCCCACCCCUCCCAGUUUACGUCAAACAGCCAAUUGUCGGUUAUUACUUAGCUUCCUGCCUUUCAGGGCACAUACCGUAAAACACGGUUUAUAACCCUUGGGCUUAUAUAUCUUCGUAUAAACGAAGGGGCUUAUAUGCAAGGGGGCUGGCAUGGUAACCGGAAUACAAAGAGCACUUCGAAACAAGCCGCUAUAGCACUGCUGAUCAAAAUACGUUUUUCAUUUACUUGUUUUGAAUUAAGCUUCGAAAUGUUAUACAGUGAAACCUCUAUUAAGCGGACACCUUCGGAACCUUCCCAAGUGUCCGCUUGAAAGAGCUUUGUAUUUAUUGCGCAAUGUUUGUGAACGAUCAACAUUCAGCUGUUAUUCUGUACUGUGAUAAAGUUCCACGUUGUUAAGGAAGCUAUCCAGAGUUCAAGUCCAUUGCCUUUCAUUAUCAACUUUAAUUUGUUUGUAAAUGCAAAAACAUUAACUUACUACAGCACGUAUUUCAAGGACGUAAUCCAACAGAUCCAAUACUACGUACUGUUGUCAAUUCAGUCCGGUAUCCGCUUAAUAGAGGUUUUAACAAUAGAAAUUAGCCAAAUACACUUGAAUUCCAGUGCCCGUGUCCGCUUAAAAUAUAGAGGUGUCCGCUGAAUAGGGGUUCGUUAUAAAGGAAUAUAUUAGGCGUUAACUUCGGGACCCUGGUUAAUGUCCGCUUAAUUGGGGGUCCACUUAAUAGAGGUUUCACUGUAGUUAAUCGAAUUCAUUUCAAUACUUUUGGAGACCUGUAAACAACAAGACUAAAUCAAAAUCAAGAUUCUUUUUCCAGGUUUGGGGCUAACGCAUCUCUCAACGCUUCUCCCAACAAAUUUCGUCGACUCUGGUCUCCAAAGGACCUUUGAAAAAAAAUUUUCAUGAGUUAUUGCUCUCGAUAAUGGAUCGGGGCGGAAACAGAGGGUGAUUAUGUUGAAAUGCCCAUUCUGCUACAAAAAAUCGCAAAAUCUGCAGCGACGACUUAAUGCACUAAUAAUUGAUAGAUUCUUUUGUAAAUUUGUCCUGUAAUUCCAUUCUGUAAGACUAUUUUGUAAAUCUAGCUUGUUUAUUGUUAUUCUUAUUUAUCCGCCUAGCUUAUUUAGUUUACUUUAAUAUAAUAUUCAUAGCUUGCCUUCUAUUAAUUUGAUAUUUAUGACUGCUCUAAUCUUUCUACUCCGCCUACCUCGUCUAGCUCUUUCUAUCUGCGGGUGGAGAUGGCAAAACGAUCAGUGUAAAAAUAAGGUAUAUAUCAGUGAGUCUACAAAAAAAAUGCAUCCGAUUAGGAUCCCCCCGGAUAUAAGCCCCAUGGGGAAGCUUAUCAAAAAGCGGCAUUUUACGGAUAGAAAGCCAAGUCAAAUACCCCGAUAUUGCUUAAGGGGAUAAAUGCUGAUAUUUAUGUUUACUCGAUAUGCGUUAUUAAAAAGAUCAAGUUUGAUAGAAAUCUGAUGAUGAAUUUAAAGCUUAGUGAAUACAUCAGAAAGAUUUUUUUUUAGUCUGGCAGUGACACAGACGGCUUGGACGAAACUUUCCGAGUACUCCCAAUAACUGUAUGGUCGUAGCAAGCCUUUAGAAACUAGGGCAAGCACAAAGAUUUUCUUUUACCUGAGGGACAAGGGCCAGGAGGAGGGAUAUAAUCAACAAAGUUUUAGACGGGGAGGUUCCGCCCCGAGGUCCAAUCCCUUACCCUUUUACGCACCAGUUUUGAUAGCCUACGAGCAAGCUCUCCUAUUUGGGCAAGCGAAGCGAGCCUCGCUCGUGCGUUCUCGCGAGACUCAUUUCACUCGCCAAAAUAGGAUAGCUUGCCCACAGGCUACAGUUAUGACAGAAAAGGUUCCUCUUUCGUGUACUUUCUAUUGACAAAUGGUGCCCCUUUCAUUUACAAAGUUUAGAACGCCUCUCUUCUUUUCAUUCAAAUUACAGAGCAUUCAUAACUUAUCAAAGGAAGUCUCUAACCUACUGUUGUGACUUAGUCCUGGCGAAAUUUGUCGAGCGCGCGUGGGUCGUAGCGGCUUGCAAACUCGGUUGGUUCAUACAUAUUUUAUGUAUAUAUCCAAUGGUGUUUGCCAUGGCAUAACAGUUUACAUUAUGUCAAACAAUCGCUGAGCAGGAAACUUAAACAAACCGAGAACGUUCCACCUGCGCUGUCACUCAUUUUAUGUCAAAGCACGUUUGAGGUGUUGGACAGUUGUUCGUUCAAGAAAACCUACUCAAACUGUAGCAAAAUGGUGGAAACAAACUUAACUGGAGAAGGAAUCUACAAAACGUUCGAACAACUUUAUUGUUCCAAAGAACUGGCGGCCGGGAAGGUGAAAAAUAAUUUAAUAAUCUUGUGUGUGAUAAAUAUAUUCCUGUCUAUUACCGCAUCUGUGGGGAAUACUCUGAUUCUAGUUGCUCUGCGCAAGGAAACUUCACUUCAUCCGUCGUCCAAACUCCUGUAUCGUAACCUAGCGAUUACUGAUCUCUGUGUUGGUAUCAUCGUGGAGCCUGUUAUUGUUUGUUACUGGACAUCGCAGGCGAUGGAACGAUGGGAUAUUUGUCGCUACGUUCUUGUUUCAAAGUAUGUGAUCGGCUUUAUUCUGUGUUCAGUAUCUUUGAUGACAGUUACUGCAUUAAGCGUGGACAGACUUCUCGCCUUGUUGCUGGGUCUCAGAUAUAGACAAGUUGUAACUUUGAAAAGAUCAUACGCAAUUAUAACCAUCCUUUGGGCUAGCGCCACUGUCGCUGGAACAAUCUACGUUGUGCACCCAUUUGUAACUCGCUGGAUCGGUAACGUAGCUAUAAUACUCUGUUUGAUCACUUCGGUCUUCUCGUAUUCUAACAUUUUCUUUACUCUUCGUAACUACCAAAUUAAGCAACAGGAACACGUCUCGCAAGCACAGUCACCUCAAGCAAUUCCACUGAACAUGGCUCGAUACAGAAAGGCAGUAUCCAGUGCAUUAUGGGUAGAAAUAACAUUAGUUGUUUGUUAUCUGCCGUAUGUUGUUGCGGUACUCUUAACGCCUAAACGAGAA